AGGAAACUCUCUAGACCACCUACGCCCUAAAGGGCUGGUGGGACUACAAGGCGUCAGCCCGGGAGGAGAGAGGAGUCAUCACAGUCGUGGCGACCAAGAGGAUGAACGGCAAGGAGCUUCACGAGCGUUUCCUCCCGACGCUCGCCGACAAGAUCAUGGACAGGUAUGGCACGCACAUCGCAAACAUUGACAAGGAGGAGAGAGCAUUGCUCUUGCGGGUCAAGAACACCAUGAAGAAACGGGAGGUGGAGGAGCAGAUGAAAGCCUUCCUGACGACGGAGGGUGCUAGGACCAUGCUGACGCAGUGCGAGUCCGAAGCCAGCCUCCUGCGCAUCGCCGACGCGGCCUACUUCAAGAUCUCCAAGAUGAUGAAGGACCGCUCCGUCUGGCCACCGCCGGCCGGCCAUGAGCUCACCACCCACAAGCCUUUGGACCACCAGCACCCGGACUUUUCGAUGCAGACCAAGGCGGGCUACGUGUUCCUCCGGGGCACGCUCAAGCAUGAUGAGGAGAUGGUGGUGCAGCUCCGGAAGAACAUCCAGAUUGGCGGGUACAUCUUGGCGGGAUCGGAGGUCAAGGAGCACGUGCUCAAGCAGCUCGAGAAGCAGACGUACCCCUUCGACGUCGACAUCAAGCUCGUCGAGAACGAGGAGGCGAUCGAGAAGUCCAUGACCUUCAAGGAGAAGAGGGACAUGGAGAAGGCGGCCCGGGCGCGGGCCUGACCGGCCCGGCAGCUAGCGGCAACCACAUCCCCAGCACACGCGGGCAACCCCCGGCACAACGCAGCACGCAAUGUCCGGAGAGAUGGAGAUGAUAUUUUCCAGCCCUGUCGCCGAGCUCCGUUUCCUACAGCGGCGGCCUUGCCAUUUUCUCCUUCCCCCCCGCCGUGCGGCGAGGGUGGCUGGAGGGGGCGCUGGGAGACGGCGAUCAGGAAAAAUCGCG